UUCCCCUGGCAAGCUGGCAGCGGCGGCUGGCGGCAAUGGCCGCGCUGCGGCUACCAAGAGCUCCAGCCACGGCGGCCCUGGUCGGCGGGGGCGUCCCGCGCCGCCUCCCCACCCCGGAGCAGCCCCCGCCGGUGCGGGCACCCAACACGGCCCACCUCAACGCGCUGCUCACGGCCUACGGCCGCCGCGGCCGCAUCCGCGAUGCCCAGCAGGUGUUCGACCGGAUGCCCCGCCGCGACGUCAUCUCCUGGACGGCCCUCCUCACCGCCUACGCGGACGCCGGCGACCACGCCUCCGCGCGCCUCGUCUUCGACGACAUGCCCCGCCGCAACGCCGUCUCCUGGAACGCGCUGCUCUCGCUCUACCUCCGCGCGGGCGCGGGAACGCCCGCCACCACUACGCCGGUCGCGCACGCGCUCUUCGCGAAGAUGCCGGCCAAGAACGCUGUGUCUUACGGCGCCAUGAUCACGGGGCUCGCCAGGGCUGGCAUGCUGCGGGAGGCCCAGGUGGUGUACGGGGAGAUGCCGCUGCGGUGGCGGGACCCUGUGGGGUCUAACGCGAUGAUAGCUGGGUACCUCAGAGCCGGGGAACUUGACAUGGCGCUGAGGGUGUUUGACGGAAUGGAGGCAAGUGACGUCUUUUCCUGGAGCUCUCUGGUUGAUGGACUGUGUAAGCAUGGGACUCUAUCAGAGGCGAGGAGGCUGUUCGAGGCAAUGCCGGAGCGGAAUGUGGUGUCCUGGACCUCAAUGAUCCGGGGGUAUGUGAAACGUGGGAUGUGCCGAGAUGGUCUCUUGCUGUUCCUGGACAUGAGAAAUGAAGGUGUUCCGGUUAAUGAAACAGCACUCUCAGUGGUGCUGGAUGCUUGUUCUGAGGCGAGUCUUGUCAGAGAAGGAAUUCAGAUUCAUGGGUUGAUUAUAUCAAUGGGUUUUGAAAUGAACGUUUUCUUGGGUGACUCAAUAAUCAUAAUGUAUUCCCGCUUCGGUUGGAUGGUCAAUGCUAGAAGGGUGUUUGCUUUCAUGGAGCAGAAGGACAUAGUAUCGUGGAACUCAUUGAUCACAGGGUAUGUUCAGAAUAACAUGAUUGAAGAUGCUCAUGUGCUUUUCAAGCUGAUGCCUGAGAGGGAUGCUGUUUCUUGGACAUCAAUGUUAGUUGGGUUUGCUAAUAGGGGUUGGAUGAGAGAGGCCGUUGACCUCUUUGAGGAAAUGCCAGAAAAAGAUGAGGUGGCUUGGGCUGCAGUUAUUUCCAGUUUCAUUUCAAAUGGAGACUAUGUAAAUGCGGUCCGGUGGUUUUGUCGUAUGUCAAAGGAAGGGUGCACGCCUAAUACAGUGGCUUUUAGUUGUUUGCUGAGUGCUUUGGCUAACCUGGCAAUGGUGAAUCAGGGACUGCAAGCUCAUGCCUAUGCAGUCAACAUGGGAUGGAUAUUUGACUCAGCUGUUAACACUUCUUUGGUGACAAUGUAUGCAAAAUGCGGUAGGUUGGCUGAGGCUCAUCGUGUUUUCUCAAGCAUUAGCAAUCCAAGCCUUAUUGCCACUAAUUCUAUGAUUGCGGCAUUCGCGCAACAUGGCUUGGCUGAAGAUGCGCUCAAACUUUUCAACAGAAUGCAAUAUGACGGACAAAGGCCUAACCACGUGACAUUCUUGGGAAUACUGACUGCUUGUGCACGAGCUGGAUUAGUUCAACAAGGUUAUAACUACUUCGAAUCCAUGAGAUCUGUCUAUGGCAUUGAACCAAACCCUGACCACUAUACAUGCAUGGUUGAUCUUUUAGGCCGUGCAGGCUUCCUUGCUGAAGCACUGGAAAUGAUUAAUUCGAUGCCCCAGAAAGAUUAUGCUGAUGCAUGGGCAGCUUUGCUUAGCUCUAGUAGCCUCCAUUCUAAUCUUUCUUUUGCAAAAUUAGCAGCACAGAGGCUACUUGAGAUGGAUCCUUACAAUGCAACAGCUUACACAGUCCUGUCAAACAUGUUCACCUCAGCAGGGAUGAAGGAUGAUGAAGAGAUGCUAAAAGUUGCACAGUUAUCCAACACGGCUACUAAAAAUCCUGGGUAUACCCUCAUCAUACAGGAAAAGAGUAACACAGAAUGAGCGCCAUCAGGUGCAGAUAACUGGCAUAUAGUAA